AGCGUUCACCCAUUUUCCUUAUCUUUUAAAACAUUUCAUCUGUUUUCUCCAUCUCCACUCGAUGGGGACUCUCACGAGCGUGGCCUUCGCGGCUGCGACUAACAUCAGAUUCCGAUCGUUUCAUUGCAAUCUCCGGGAGAGGAUUAGGACACCAAUGCCUAAGGUUACUACGCAAUUGAGAGAAAGAUACUGUUUCUCUGGCCCUGAGGAAACCCACGGAUUUAAGGCUCUAAAGUGUUUAGGCAAUGAUGAAAACGGUAGCAGAGGAAUCGACGGCGGAGAAGACAGAGUAACGAAACCGUCGGUUAUUAGAGAUUCAACUGUAGAAACCACUUCGCGUGAAGAAGAUGCAGACAAGAAAAGUAAAAGUAGCAGCAACGAGUUCGGUUCCGACAAGACUCCUUAUGUUUCUUCAAGGCCAUCAACUGAAUCGCCUAUUGAUCCUACAUACAGCAGCUUUCAAAUAGACUCUUUUAAGCUAAUGGAGCUUCUUGGACCUGAGAGAGUAGAUCCUGCAGAUGUCAAGUUAAUAAAGGACAACAUAUUUGGGUAUUCAACAUUCUGGGUGACGAAAGAAGAACCCUUUGGGGAUCUCGGAGAGGGCAUCCUCUUUCUUGGGAAUUUAAGAGGAAAAAGGGAAGAAGUUUUUGCAAAGCUUCAAAGAAAACUGGCAGAGCUUGCUGGCGAUAAGUAUAAUUUGUUCAUGAUCGAGGAGCCUAACUCUGAAGGACCAGAUCCACGUGGCGGUGCACGUGUUAGCUUUGGUUUGCUUCGUAAAGAAGUCUCGGAGCCAGGACCAACCACGCUCUGGCAGUAUGUGAUUGCGUUCAUAUUGUUUCUUCUGACUAUUGGUUCCUCGGUAGAAUUGGGAAUUGCUUCUCAGAUUAACCGUUUACCUCCGGAGGUGGUAAGGUAUUUCACUGAUCCAAAUGCUGUUGAACCACCUGAUAUGGAGCUUUUGUAUCCAUUUGUAGAUUCUGCAUUGCCUUUGGCAUAUGGUGUCUUGGGAAUUCUUUUGUUUCAUGAAUUGGGGCACUUUCUUGCUGCAGUUCCAAAGAAAGUAAAGCUUAGCAUUCCUUACUUCAUUCCAAACAUUACACUCGGCAGUUUUGGUGCAAUCACACAGUUCAAGUCGAUUCUUCCCGACCGGAGUACAAAAGUUGACAUUUCGCUAGCUGGUCCAUUUGCUGGAGCUGCACUCUCAGUUUCCAUGUUUGCUGUUGGUCUGUUUCUAUCUACUAACCCAGAUGCAGCUAGCGAUCUGGUGCAGGUCCCCAGCAUGUUAUUCCAAGGUUCAUUACUUCUUGGACUCAUCAGCCGAGCAACCCUUGGAUACGCAGCUAUGCAUGCUACAACAGUUUCGAUCCACCCGCUUGUUAUUGCUGGAUGGUGUGGUUUAACAACAACGGCUUUUAAUAUGCUUCCUGUUGGGUGUUUGGAUGGAGGAAGAGCUGUACAGGGCGCAUUUGGGAAAAAUGUACUGUUUACAUUUGGUUUGUCAACCUAUGUAAUGCUUGGACUCAGAGUGCUCGGUGGCCCUUUGGCACUUCCUUGGGGUCUCUACGUGCUAAUCUGCCAGAGAACACCCGAAAAAGCAUGCCUGAACGAUGUGACCGAGGUUGGAACAUGGAGGAAGGCACUUGUCGGGACUGCAAUUAUUCUGGUGGUUUUGAUACUCCUGCCUGUAUGGGACGAACUCGCCGAAGAGGUAGGAAUAGGGCUGGUAAACACAUUUUGAUGUUGUAGUUAGGGCCAACAAGUUGCAAAAUUUUGUUUUGUUGUGUAUAAAGUUUGCCAGAUAUAACGAGUCAUAUUUGUACGAUGUAAGCUGAUGAAGAAUAAUUUAUACUUCUGAUA